AAAGAAAACAAAGGGAAAAAGAAAAUCUGAAAUUAGCAAAUGUUGGGAGUAGGCUAGGCAGCUCAAAAUCCCCAAUUUGGGCGAUCCAAUCAAUCGGAAAAGGCGAAAAUUAAGAAAAAUGAAGAAAAGGAAAAACUCUGAAACCGAUGAUGCGCCCGUUGAAGAAGAUGAUGACAACAAGAAAUCCACCUCCAAAAACCCUGAUUUCAAGAGUUUUACACCAUCUCUCCCCAAAAUAUUUGUUUUCUGUUUGAUUGCGCGCAUUAUCAAUUCCUUGCUCGUGCGGACAUACUUCAAUCCGGAUGAACACUGGCAAGCUCUCGAAAUAGCCCAUCGAAUUGCAUUUGGGUAUGGGCAUCUGACAUGGGAAUGGGGAAAAGGCAUAAGGAGCUACUUGCAUCCGGUUAUCUUUGCUGCUCUGUAUAAACUUCUUGCCUUUCUUCAUCUUGAUUCCCCUUGGUUCAUGAUAAGGUCUCCUCGGCUGCUGCAGUCGAUAUUUGCUGCUUUUGGUGAUCUCUACGUGUACAAAUUCUCUCGAGUUCUGUUUGGUGGCAGUGUUGCUGAAUGGGCUCUCUUUGCACAGCUAAGCAACUGGUUCUUGUUUUUCUGCAUGCCUCGUACUUUUUCUAAUAGUUUAGAAACCGUUCUCACGAUUGUGAGUUUAUAUUACUGGCCCUGCUUGAGAGGAUCUGUCGCUACAGUUCCAUCUGCUUCGAGAAAGUAUGCCCUCGCUAUAGCGGCGAUAGCAUGUGCAAUUCGACCGACAAGUGCUAUCACUUGGAUUUAUGUUGGUUGUCUGGAGUUGUUUUCAACACCUAGUAAGCUAAAGUUUCUUCUUCUCGAGGUGAUUCCCAUCGGGGGGAUUGUGCUUGGUCUUACAUUCUUGUUGGAUUAUCAGUUCUACGGGUCGUGGGUGAUCGUUCCUCUCAACUUUCUAAAGUUCAAUUUCUUCUCAUCUGGUGGAGACUAUUAUGGAACACAUCCAUGGCACUGGUAUUUGACGCAAGGAUUCACCGUUAUGCUCUUUACUUACAUACCGUUUACCAUAGCGGGCAUUAUUAAGUCCAAAGAGUGGAGGCUUCCUGGAUUGGUCGUAUGGGUUCUGGGAAUUUAUAGCCUCCUUGGCCACAAAGAGUUCAGGUUUGUUCUUCCUGUGCUUCCAGUAGCAUUGAUGUUCUCGGGUUAUUCACUAGCCAACCUAGGUCGAGCAGAGAGGUCGAAAGGAGGUUCACAUUCCCAUAUUAAGCGCACGCCGAAGCUGGAACUGGCAGUCCUUUUCCUGCUCAUAACUAACGUCCCAAUGGCGUUAUAUAUGAGCAUGAUUCAUCAGAGAGGAAGCGAGGAUGUCAUGAACUAUCUCGCGGAGGAAGCCACUGAGAAUAACGUCGAAAGCAUCCUUUUUCUAACACCUUGCCAUGCUACACCAUACUACUCCACUCUGCAUCACAACCUUCCUAUGCGUUUCUUGGACUGUACGCCAAGUGACGAGAAAGGAAUCUUGGAUGAGUCCGACCAAUUCUUAGAGGACCCUCUCGGUUUUGCAACCAAGUUGGCUCAAACCUGGAACCUACCCAGCCACAUUGUUCUAUUUGAUUCACAAGAGAAGCCAUUGAAGGAUUUUCUAGCCUCACAUCAUUUCAAGGAGAUUAGAAGAUUCUUCCACUCUCAUUUUAAGGUGGAUAGAGAAUUGCAAGCAUAUGUGGUUUUGUAUGCUUUUCAAGGCCAUUGAAUUGGUGAUGGUACCAAAUUUUGGAUUGGUGGCUUAAAAUUUUGAAGUGGUGGUGCAAUGGCACUGGUCUUUUGGGAGAUUAAUUCAACAACUUUGUGAUUGGAGCUACAUCUCUGGUUUUCAAGAAAGUUGAGGUAUUUUACAGCAGCUGAUAUCCCAUUAUUCUUUUUAUAUUAUUACCCACAAAUUGGUUGUAAUUUUGAAUAAAACUGAGAGAGAAUAUUUUAUUGGAAGUAGUUAUAAAAGAGCCAUAUACAGUACAUAGAUUGUCAGUCUGGCCCAUAACCAUAAAUGGCACUACAAAAGAGCUUUAUUUAACUAAAUUUGAUUUAUCUUCAAUAUUAUAUUAUUAUAUAUAUUAGUUUAAGGGCAUCAAUAUCACAUAUUAUUACUAUUAUUAUUUGAUAUUCAUCCAUCUAUUAUAUGUAUUUUUAUAAAUUUUGAUUGUAUCCAUAAUAUUUUUACGUGUUUUACCUCUGAUAGUUUUUUUUUUUUUUUUUUUGAUCGGGCAAAGUCAUGUUAGAUGUUAGUAAUUAGUUCCCCAUCCACUCCAAGAACCACCUUAUCUCUCCAUUCACCAAAUCCACCUUAUAUCUCCAAUCUCCAAUUCGCUCCCAAGAGGGAUCGAACCCGGGUCACUUCACUUAAGUGAGGACCCGGUGGCCAGUGGGCUAAGCCCCUGGUUUUUACCUCUGAUAGUUUAAGUAAUUCAAUAUUUCAAUACGUACAAAUUUUAGUUUUUUUUUAUAUAAGAUAAGAAUUCUUUGUUAAUAUAUUUAUUAUCAUAAAUUAUGUACAAAUCCUAAGCUUAUAUUAGUGUCCUUAUAUACAAAUCCUAAGCUUAUAUUUUAGUUUAAGUUAGCAAAGUAACAAAAUAAACUCAAAACACAAUCACAACAACUCAUUAACUUAUUGAACUACACAUUAUAAUUUAGGUAUAUUACAAAUUGGUUGAGCUAUAAUAUUUUAUUUGGAUGGAAAGGAGUUGAGCUAAUUAACUGCAAGACUCCAUUUUUCAAACCAACCAACCCUAAAUCUUGAAGUUUCUCCACACUCACCUUCUAUAUAAACUAUAACUUCCCAUGCACCACUUCAUCACCUCAAACACCACAAAUCUUGCUCAUCAUCAUAUUGAAAAAUGGCAAUCCAUUAUUCCUCUCUCUUCUUGUUUUUCGUCGUCGCGAUGGCUUACGCGACUGAGGCCCGCCGCCUCCUCGAGUUGCCAGCUUUGCCUAAGCUUGAAAUUCCAACUCUCCCUAUGCCCGAAUUGCCCAAGCCCGAGAUUCCUGAGUUGCCUAAACUCGAGAUUCCAGAAUUCCCUAAGCCCGAGAUUCCAGAAUUGCCAAAACCGGAGAUCCCAGAAUUCCCUAAGCCUGAGAUUCCAGAUGUCUCAAAGUUGCCAAGUCUUCCGAAGCUUGAGGUCCCUCAACUUCCGAAGUUUCCAGAAGAGUCCAAAUCACCUUGAUUUCCUUACUACAAACAACGGAGGCACGACUCUUUCAUAAAAUAUUUACCAUCAUUUUAAUUAUACUAUAUUUAUAUGCAUAGUGUUGUUAUUUGUGUAUUAAUUAUCUUGCCAAUGAUGAGCAUGUAUGUUGCUCACAAUUAUCAGACGCAUAUCGAUAAUUAUUUUGUCAAUGUAUUUUGACUUGUGCUUUGCCAGACAAGUCCUUGAUUUUAAAUGAAAUUUUUUAUUUUAAUGUUUA